UUUCUAACUCUCUACCUUUCCCAUCCACGAGACCUUUAUUUUGAAAAACCAAAACAGCGGAAAUGGUGCUCUGAUUGUCGUCCGUCCGGCGACACGAACUUUCCCUUCGUUCCUUUACAAGAUGGACUGGAAUGAAGAUGAUGACGGCUGUUACCACGGAAACCACGGCCAUUCCCACAGCCACGGGCCGCGGGCGGCGAACCCCUUCCCCAAAGCCCAGGCGAUGGACAUCAGCCAGCAGCCCAAGAGACGCUCGCACACGGACGACAGCGGCAGCUGGGACAUCGUGAAGGCAACGCAGUUCGGCAUCCUUGAGCGCUGCAAGGAGCUGGUGGAAGCCGGAUACGACGUCACGCUGCCGGACAAAGAGAACGUCACUCUGCUGCACUGGGCCGCCAUCAACAACCGCUCUGAGCUGGUCAAGUAUUAUAUUUCUAAAGGCUGCGCGAUUGACCAGCUUGGAGGAGACCUGAACUCCACUCCUCUCCACUGGGCCAUUAGGCAGGGCCACCUCCCCAUGGUGAUCCAGCUGUUGAGGUACGGCGCGGAUCCCGCCGUCGCGGACGGCGAAGGUUACCGAGCUCUCCAUCUCGCCAUCCUCUUCCAGCACAUGGCCAUAGCAGCUUAUCUAAUGGCCAAAGGAGAGGAAGUCGAUGGACCUGACUGCAACGGACAGACGCCACUGAUGUUAGCGGCCCAGAAAAUUAUUGGGCCUGAACCCACACAUUUCUUAAUCAAAAACAACGCUUCAGUGAGUGCCGUGGACAAAGCCAGCAGAAACACUCCGCUGCACUGUGCCGUGCUGGCAGGAAACGUAGACGCCGCCCACAUCCUGCUGGAGGCCGGCGCCAGCGUGGACGCAGAAAACAUCAACGGUCACACGCCCAUCGACUUGGCCCGCCAGGUGCACAGCCCGCUGCUCAUCCACAUGCUCACCCACAUCAAACAGGAGCGGAUUCGCUCCAACUCGCGCUGCCUGCGGUUCGUCAACAGAUACCGGUUCUUCCUGCAGUUUCUGCUCUGCACUGGCGUUUACGGAGGCGUGGGCGCCAUAGUGGAUUUGAACUCCGAGUCGUGGCUGCUCAAAGGCAUCCUGCUGGCGUGCGUGAUAGGUGUGGUCAACCUGCUCUCCAGGAACUUCCCGAGCCCGGGCUUCCAGGCCCUCCUACCGGCGACGUCUCUCAUGGCCUCGGUGUUCUGGAUGCUCGUCACCUGGUUCUUCUGGUUCCUGCCAGAUGGGCACUGCACCGCAGUUCAGGUCCUGUUUGCUCUGAAUGGCGCCGCGCUGCUCUACUAUUACCUCCGCACCUGCAGGGCCGACCCCGGCUUCGUCAAGGCAACGGAAGGAGAGAAGAAAUCGAAUGUGGUGGUGUUGGCGGAAGCCGGCUGUCUGGACCCCAGAAUAUUCUGCACUUCUUGCAUGAUAAAGAAACCAAUGAGAACCAACCACUGCUUCCACUGUGACGCCUGCGUGGCGAAGCAGGACCACCACUCCGUCUGGACCAACGGCUGCAUCGGCGCCAGGAACCACCACUACUUCCUCCUCUUCCUGCUCUCCCUCGUGCUGAUGGGAGCCUGGAUGUUCUACGGCUGCCUCACACACUGGUCCGCUCGCUGCUCGCUGCGCUACGAGGAGCAGGGCGCGUGGGGCGUGGCCUCCGCCCUGGUCAGCUGCUCCCCCUGGCUGCUCGCGGUCUUCCUGAUGGCCUUCUAUCACACCUGCUGGUCCGGCUUGACGCUGGUUAUGCAGCUCUACCAGAUUGCCUUCCUGGGACUGACUACGGUGGAGCGGACGAACCUGAUGCUCAACCAGAGGAAGCACCGACAGUCCGUCUCUCUCAGGCAGAAUCCAUACAAUUUGGGCGUAGUGAGGAACCUGGUGUCCUUCUUCCACCUGCGCUGUUGUGGCCUCUUCAAGCCGGCCGUCAUCAACUGGACGCAGCAGUUUCCGCCCGGCCGCGACCUGCACGCGUUUGUACACACCGACAUGGUGUGACCUCUGCCCAGGGUCAAAGGUCAGACUCUCGCAGUGGCUCUGGACCAAAAGAACAAAGUAUUUAUUUAUUUUUCUAGCUGUUUUUGCUCCUUGUGAAGAGAGACCACGCUACUCUGCAUCGGGGGGGGGGGGAACAAACAAAGCAUUGUGUAUCGUUCCAUUCAGUUGCUCUGUACAGAAUGCUGCCUUAUUACCUGACCAAUGGAAGGAAAAUCACAAAGGUUUUCCUUUGGCUGAGGUUACCAAACCUCUAAUGGCCGAAAUUGUAAUUCACGUUUUGAGAUGAACACAUCAAGCCUUUUUUCAUUGUUUGUCCUGGGGGGGGGGGGUCUUUGUACUUUAAAAUGUAAAAGUUGGUUUUAUGACUUUUGUAAGAGUUGCAUGUUUUUAAUAAUGAAUGACCACUGUAGGACUUCAAUAAAGUGAUGUUGGGCCUGUUCUUUUUA